AUGAUCCAUUUCGACGUCUUCGACGCCCGCGACCUUCUGUUCCGACGAGACUCGAGCUUCCCCCCGGGCGCCAACAGUAGUGAUACCGUCAUUGGCAAUGUUCAUUUCAACACCACGGCCCUAGGCAACAACAACUACACAUUCUACCCGGGCAACAAUACCUUGUCCAACGCCUCGAAUUGUUAUAUGGUAUUUGCGCCCUACACACCAGUCUUGGUCCAGGCCAAUGGCAGCUUUGUCAACGCAACAACAUGCUACAGCUCCGUCAAUCCCAUAGGUAAACGCGGCUACGUCGGCAUUGCUCUUGGUGUUCUGUACGGUCUUGCCAUCGUCCUCACUCUCGUUGCACUGGCCAAGCAUGGCGCAUUGUAUCUCCGCGCGACAAGACGUUUCUACCCCAUCGGUCGAAGAUGGCAAUGGUAUUGGGCAUGUCUUGUCUCUGCUUGUGCCAUCAUCAGUCUCUUUUCCGGUGUGGAAAUCGAACGAUACUACCUCCAGGAUCUGCCCAUUAUCCUCUGUGUCUUCUUCUGGUUUCUCAUGUGCAUGGGGACCGCCGCACUGGUAUGGGAGUCUGUGCGACACUGGGGCAGCUGGCUCGAGAGGCAGUACGUAGAUCCGAACCCUUUUGUGUAUCGUGAGGAUGAUGGACGGGCCAAGGUCGAGUUUUGGCUGCCGUUGUGGUUCUACUUUUGGUUUUGGAUGAACUUCUUCAUGGUUGUUCCCAGAAGCUGGAACUUCGCCAGGUCACAACACUCAGUCGAGCAGACAAGGGCCGUGGCCAUUCCCACCGCCACGAGUGUGCGGUUCAAGGUUGGGGCGUUUUGUCUUGUCGUCUGCUGGCUCACAAUUAUGUUCUCCCUGACACAUUCGAUCCGGUACUACAGGCCUCGUCACCGUGGCAUAUUCGGCCGUGCUUAUGGACUCGUGCAAGCCGUACCUCUCCGAUUCGUUCUCACCAUACCCUUGGUGCUUGCAUUGAUCGCUUACCAAACAGUGAUAUCAUUCAUUUGGGACUUUUCCCUCGUCAAGGAAGACGGAAGCGUGCCCAUCAUCAUGGCUUGGGGCUAUGGCCCGUCUCUGCUCAUCAUCUACAUUCAGAUCGUGUACGCAUACGCCACACCCAACGAGGACAAGGAACUCAUCAGACAACGAAGGGAGCGCGGAGAGACUGUGGAUCGUGAACUCGGCGUAGUCCAUAAACCAGCGUGGUGGAGACGUGUCCGCGGUGAACACCUCCGCACCAUGAGAGACAAGAUUAACCAAAAUGUCAACGAAGUGGGCGAGCGUGGAAUCGGCCGACGAGUCGAGAACGACGCUGAAAGAGAUGUUCGUCUAGAAGCUGAACGGUCUGCCAUCAAUGGCGACACUUUCGAGCUCAGCAGUCUUAGAGACAACCCUCACAACCCGCGGGUCGACAGAGCUGGUGUUCACAUACUCGGUACAACAACGUCGGUUACCGACGAUCCGUUGGCCAACCCCUACAUGGGUAAGGACAGUCGGCGGCACGCAGAGAGGCUCAUGCAAAGCGCUGGGACCGUCUUGUUCCCUAGCCAAGAACUGGCCAUGGAACGAGCCAGGAGAGCAACUGAGCUCAUGGAGGACGGGCCGCCGCCGCCAUACCAAGACAGGCAGAGGAGAGAAUCGGAGACGCAGAGACCCUCGUCGGCACACAGGUCGAAUAGUACGUCAACGACAUUGAGUGUCAGCGCGGAGCCACAACGGGUGAGAAGCAUGUUGGAUGUUUGA